AUGGCCACGUCCCCCCCGGGGGUCCCAGCUGAGCUGCAAGAGGGCAUCACUGCCUUCCUGGGGGCUCAGAAGGUCCUGCUGGUGACCAGUGUCCAGCUGCCCGUGAGAUCCAAGUACAAGGACUAUGUCUUGGUGCUGACGCCCUGGAGAGCCUACGUGGUGCUGGUGACACUGCCAGUGAGGGUGAGGAGCUCCUCAACCUUUGCUCUGGUCAGGAAAGCAUCUGGUGUCCUUUGGAGCCUGCAGGUUGUCAUAGAAACGGAGGCAGCGUCUUUCGCCUUCCGGUUCCUGUCCUUCCAGGAGCUGGAGCAGGUGGUCAUCCAUGUCACCCUGGCCCUGCAGAAGGUCUUCCCAGACUCAGAUCCUGGGACACUGCUCAAGAACUCUCCCCCCAACCUGUACCAGAGGAUCCUGCAGAUCCUGGACUCCCUGGAUGAAAUGCUGAGGAGCAGCCCCGGGCCCUGUGGGGGGUUCUCAGAGACCUACGCUGCUCUCUGUGACUACAACGGCUUCGCUUUCCGGGAGGAGAUCCAGUGGGACGUGGACAACAUCUACCACAGCCAGGACUGCCGGGAGUUCAACCUGCUGGACUUCAGCCACCUGGAGAGCAGGGAUGUGGCGCUGAGCGUGGCCGCCCUGUCCUUCAACCUGUGGUUCACCAAGCUCUCCUGCAAGGACUUCAGGCUGAACCAGGAGAUCUCGGAGCAGCUGCUCUACAUGCUCAGCAAGUCGGUGACGCUGGAGGAGCUGGUGCUGGAGAACAGUGGGUUGAAAGGUGACUUUGUGCAGAGGAUGGCCCAGGUGCUGAGCAGCCACCCCAGCUCUGUCCUGCACACCAUGAACCUGGCUGGCAACCAGCUGGAAGACAGAGGGAUCGUUGCCUUCAGCAGGCACGUGGAGAAGAGUCCCAGGGGCCUGCAGAGCCUCAGCUUGGCCAGGACGAUGCCCACGGCCAAAGGGAUGGGCACCUUGUGCAAGGCCCUGGCAGGGAACAAAGCCACCUGGUCCUCCCUCCAACACCUGGACCUCUCUGGGAACCCUGGCACCUUGGCUGGAGAGGACACUCAUCUCUUUGGGGCCCUGGUCCAUGGAUGUCACACCAGCCUCGUCCACCUAGACCUCUCCAAAAACAUCUACUCCCACAGGAGGGUGAAAACCAUCUCCCCUGACCUGAAGGAGUUCUUCAGCCAGGCCCGUGCCCUCAGGCAGGUCUCCCUGGCAGGGACCAGGCUGCCAGCAGAUGCUGUCAGGGCUGUGCUGCAGGGGCUGGCAGACAACAGCCACAUCAGGGACCUGCACCUGGACCUCAGCAGCUGUGAGCUGAGAUCUGCAGGAGCCCAAGUCAUCCAGGACCUCAUCCCUGACGCCAGCUCCAUCAGCCACCUGGACCUGUCUGACAAUGGCUUCGACCCCGACAUGGUGACUCUGGUGCUCUCCAUCGGCAGGAGCAAGUCCCUCAGACACGUGUCCCUGGGGAAGAACUUCAACAUCAAAUCCAAGGAAUUGCUCCUGGAUGUCCUGCACCGCAUCGUCCAGCUCACCCAGGAGGAUGACUGCCCUCUCCAGUCCCUGUCUGUGGCUGAAUCCCGCCUCAAACUGGGAACCAACGUCCUGCUGAGCGCCCUGGGCAGCAACACCAGCCUGGUGGCUCUGGACAUCAGUGGCAAUGCCAUGGGGGACACGGGGGCCAAGAUGUUGGCCAAGGCCCUGCAGAUCAACACCAAGCUCAGGACCGUGGUUUGGGACAGGAACAACACAAGUGCCCACGGGCUCCUGGAGGUGGCUCAAGCUUUGGAGAGGUUCUCUGGAGACCUGGAGAAAAGAGAGGGGUGGGCUGAGACCCUUGGGUGGCUCCAGGCCUGCCUGGCCAGGAACCAGCUGCGGCGCCCGCUGCCUGCCCAGACCUUCCGCCUGCAGCAGGGCUUCCUCACCACCUCCUCGGAGCAGAUGGUGAACGAGAUCUGCCUGAGCCUGCAGAAGAACCUGGACAUCCUCGGCGCCUGCCCGGGCGGGGAGGUGGAUGUCCUGGGUGCUGAGGAGGCCAUCAGGAAUGCUAACCUCUCUGUCAGCAUCCUGCCCCUGCUGCACGAGGCCGGGAACUCCCCGCACCAGAGCACCAAACUGCAGCACAAGCUGGAGAGACUCACCGAGGAAGCCUCGCGGAUCUGCAGCCAGGAGAUCCAGGCGAUCAGGCAGGCAGUGCUGGACACGGUGCAGGACCUGUGCCCGGCCGUGGUGCAGAAGGGCAGGGUGAGGGACCAGCUGCUCAGUGCCAUGGCAGAGAGGAUCUGCCUCCAGGACCACCUCAACCUCAGCACCCUGCUGGACCAGAUGGUCGCUGAUGUCUUCAGCAAGCUCAAUGAGAUCAAGCUGUCCUGCACAGCCGCCGUGGCCGACUGCAUCGCGGAUGCUCACAGGAUGGCCCUGCGGAGGAGGAACAAGCACUGCAGGAGCGUUCGGCCCACGCCGACCCUGACAAGAGGGUUGGAGGCACCUCACCUGGGUAACACGUGGGUGCCUGAGGCUCAGCAGCCCGUGGCCUGUGAGAACAGCGAGGACAGGAGCAUCACCCGCGUGGACGAGGGGCUGGAGGAAUUCUUUGCCAAGAGGCUCAUCCCACAGGAGCUGCCCCCUACAGCUCCGGAGACCCCCCCGGGCUCAGCCCCUCUGGCCCCUUCUGGCUCCCGCACCUUCAAGAAGAAAAUCGGGAAUUUUUUUGCCUUCAAGAAACCAAAGUCCAGUCGGGGCUCGAGGUGUGAAAAGGAGCCCGAGGGUGGUCCCAGGAGCCGGCGCUCGAUGCUCAGUGACAUUUUACGUGCCCCCAGCAAGGCGGGCGAGGGGAACAAACCCCUGAGUAAAUCCGAGGAGCUGGGGCUGGCGGCCGAGCCCAAAAGGCCCCCCGACUCGGCCCGCAGGAUCCGUCCCAAGUACUCCCGGGAGGGCAAGUCCCAGUCGCUCAUCUUGCUGCCCGGGGAGGAGGAGGAUGCCCUGGGGGUCAGGCAUGACAAGAGGAGGCCCUUGGAGAAGAGCGAGGCGGAGCUGCCCGGCUCCUUCGAGCAGCGCCUGCAGGUGAUGCUGCACCGCAUCGGCGUCGCCAAGGGCCCGGCCCCCGAGGGCAAGAAGCAGCAGAGCAAAGACAACGAGAUCAAGAAGGCCGGCUCAGAUGGGGACAUCGUGGACAGCUCUGCAGACUCCCCCCCCUCCCUGAAGGCCCGCACGCACUCCGUGUCCACAGAUCCAACAGUGACUGGUGGGCAGCUGAGUCCUGCCCUGCACUCAUGA